AUGGCAGGCACUCGACAACAUGCAGCGGAGAAAUCCUUGCAUGACCAAACCAAUAUCCUACCUCGAGGUCAGCUCCUGGUCGUCUUUGCCGGCCUCGCAAUAUCGCUGUUCAUCUCGUUCGUUGACCAAAACGGCAUCUCCGUCACGUUGCCAACAGUUGCAGAGGAGUUGGAUGGAAAAAACACGAUAUCAUGGGCCGGAACGUCUUCGUUAAUCGCGAAUACAAUGUUCAGUGUGCUCUAUGGGCGGCUGUCAGAUAUAUUUGGCCGGAAGAUUGUGUACCUGUGUGCAUUGGCCCUUCUCUGCAUCGCUGACCUGCUCUGCGGUCUGUCCCAGAAUGCAGCCAUGUUCUAUGUCUUUCGUGGCCUGGCAGGUGUUGCAGGGGGCGGGAUCAGCUCACUCGCCAUGAUUAUUGUCUCGGAUGUGGUUACUCUCGAACAAAGGGGGAAAUAUCAGGGUAUCCUUGGAGCCUCGCUAGGCCUCGCCAAUGUCGUGGGCCCGUUCGUCGCAGCUGCGUUUAUCCUCCGAUCCACCUGGCGAGGGUUCUUCUGGAUGCUUGCGCCACUGGCAGCUUGCUCGAUCUUCGUUGGAUACUUCCUCAUCCCUGAUAAUGCGCGUAAGGAUAGCUUUCAGACAAGCCUGAAGCGCAUUGAUUAUUUCGGCAUCAUUGCUUCUUCCAUUGGGAUUAUCUUCCUGUUGAUCCCCAUUUCAGGAGGGGGCUCAUACUUUGAGUGGGAUUCUCCCAUGGUCAUAAGUAUGCUCGUGAUUGGGGCGUUGUCCCUUGUGGCAUUUCUCUUCAUUGAGUGGAGGGUUGCUGUAUUGCCAAUGCUGCCGAUGGAAUUUUUCAAAAAUAGAGUCAUUGUUGCGCUGUUCCUACAGAGUUUCCUCCUAGGCGCAGUGUACCAGGCCUACCUAUAUUACCUCCCGCUCUACUACCAAAACGCUCGGGAAUGGUCCCCAAUCGUCUCGGCGGCACUCACUGCUCCAUUGGUAGCCUGCCAAUCCAUAUCAUCUGUGCUCUCCGGUCAGUAUAUCUCGCGAUACAAACGAUACGGUGAAGUAAUAUGGUUUGGAUUCGGCAUAUGGACACUAGGCGCGGGUCUUAUGCUGCUCUUCAAAACAACAACCCACCCGGCCAUAAUCGCAGUUAUAGUCGGUAUAACGGGUAUCGGAAUCGGGUGCACAUUCCAACCAACCCUCGUCGCCUUCCAGGCACACUGCACGAAGCGGCAACGCGCCGUCGUAAUCUCAAACCGGAACUUCUUCCGUUGCUUGGGCGGUGCAUGUGGCCUUGCCGUCUCCGGUGCUGUCCUCCAAGCAACCCUGCGCUCGCAGCUCCCGCCGGGGUAUAGGCAUCUCUCAAACUCGGCGUAUUCGCUGCCGGCGCAGUCAUCGGUGCCUGCGGAUGUAUGGGGCGGAAUUAUGAAUGCUUAUGCCCAGGCGAGCAGGGCCGUAUUUAUUUUACAGGUUCCGCUGAUUGGGGUUGCGUUUUUGGCGUGUUUGUUGAUUCGGGAUCAUGGGUUAGAGAGGCCGAAGGAUCCUGCGGAGGGAGAGGCAGAGAAUCGGCACACUGAACAUGAUGGUGAUGUGUCUGGGACUCCCGGUCAGAUAUUGACGCCAGUGCGACGUUCGUUGGAGGUUGAGAAACGAAAUGAAAAUGAGAAUGGGAGAGAGCAGGUUUGA